AUGCGAAACCAUCAUUGGAGGCCGGGAAAACCAGUAGCCAGGAUACAGGAUCCAGGUCAUCCGCCUGUCACGUGCCUAAGCGCCCUGGCCAACGCAAUGCAGGUGGCACCGACAGGUCCUUCGGGAUGCCCAGGGAGCCGCGCUUUCAGCUGCAGUGCAUCCAAAGCCAUGCGUGACAAAUAUUUAUUAACUGCCAUAACAGCGGGCAUCAGCUUAGAGGCUUUGAUGUCUUGGCUCAGAGAGCUAAUAAAAAAUUGA